UACGGUGUCGGUACGUGUGUGUGCUCAUAAGUCUUGUUUUAAUAUCAGGUUUGUUUUUUAUUCGAUUCUACAAUUUUUGCGAAGCACCGUUGGAUUAGGCACGUUCUCAAAUCAGUCGGAGUUUUUCCCUGUCAACUGUCAAGGUCGUCAGGUUUUCUGCACGGCUGAUCGUUAUGAUAAUCAGCGAUUCGGAAUUGGUUAAAAUUAUCUGUUCUACACAGUUAGAACUUUUUACUUUUGCCUUUGGAAGAUCACGAUUCAGGGGGAAAUCACGGGCAUCUGAAUUGGUUCGAUCCCCCCAGUGAGAGGAAAUUGUGCUGACGCGACGGUCAACGGCAUUUUACGAAUUGCCACUCGCAGAACAAACGAAAUUGUUGACAUUCGUGUCAAGAAACCACAAAUGGAGUCUCACUCCAUAAAGACUUCGUGGCUGGUGGCAUCCUUUUUAUGUUUUCAAGGCAUCUUCAGUAUUCUUCCGACGCCUAAUAGUGCAUCCGCUGAUGUUCCUCCCUUCAAUUUCUCGAUUUAUCCCCAGUGUAACUUCUCCACAAAUACAACACCUUCGACGCAGACCCCCGUGCCGAAAUUAGCGGAGACGUUUACUAUUAAAGUGGAGGGGAAGAUCGGAGAGAACGCGUACUUUGACUCGGAUGGUUAUUAUGAAAAGGAAGGACAGCGAGGUGCAACAUACAUCUUGUCACAAGGCACCAAGACCUCAUAUCUGUAUGAUUUCAUAACGGGAGAUGCCUUCAGCGUCGUGGGAGAAAACGAUGAAUACAGUGGGCGACAGUGUACGAAAGAAGAUUUAUGGAAAACGGGAUGUAAUACGUAUGCGUACUUCAUUGCGGAAUUGGCCGGAUAUUCUGUUACCUCCGGCAAAUGUAACAUCAGUCCCGGCAAUGUCACAGAUCAGGGUGUUCAGAAUACUACGGUGCGAGCCAUCAAAGUGCAGAUGUGGGAGCAAUGUGUGCACGAUAACAAUCUGAAUACAACAUGGAGGAAUCGCUAUUAUUACACCGCUCCCGGUGUCACCCCUCCGAGCCCAUCUAAGAAUGCCACACCAAUUCGGUUUGAAAGUCUGCAGCUUGACGGAAAAGAUGUUGGAAAAAUUCAGGUGUACGAUUUUACAUACUACUAUCCGGAAGUGAAGGACAAGUCUGUCUUUUUGCCCGAUCCAGGAGUUUAUUGCCCGGGAUGGAGACGGGAAAACCAGAGCGUUUCCAUACUCCCAGACCAGUUCAGUCUCACAAUGCUCACGUUGGCCAAAAAGGACAGGGAUGUGCACAGCCUUAAAAUGAACUUCGACUCUCAGCACUUCUUGGUCUCUUACAUUACGGAUUCGCUGAGCGGUACCCACUUUCCGCCGUCCUUCGUGAAGAACCGCACCUUGUACCGUACCGUACACGACUACAACAGCGGUCUGUCGUUCACGAUGCCAGUGGGCACGUGGCUGUUGGGCGGUGCCGGAUGCAACGUGACAGCCAUCGACAGUGGCAGCCUGGACGCCACCAAAUCCGACAGUUCGGGAGUGGUUCACCUGAAGAGCGCCCGUGAUCUGUUUGGCUUGAACCGGUCCAGUGCGCUGUACGUGGGACAGCGGGACUUCAACGGAAUGCCGACAUAUGUGUGGGUGUCGCAGCGCAGCAGUAACGACAGCAAGCGGAAUAUCACCACCACGACGGAAACCUAUUGGCUGCAUGAAAAUUGGACGUCAUCCGCUGAGCGCGUGCUCGUCGGAGUCGUUAUCUAUCGGACAUUCCCCAACGGAACGAUCUUGGAAACCUUUCAGAGUACGGUCAGCGAUUUCAACGCCUUCCCAUUCUAUUGGAAGACCUUUGACGUUGUGGAUUGUCUGCGGAACGGUAAACAGCAGAUGAUAACGUUCUGCAUGAAGGUGCAGAAUUACACGGAUGUGAAGAUGCGGAUGCCGGCGUUCGAGACGGCCAUUCGCGAUGCCCUGUCCAAUCUGACCGCCACGUCGCCGCUGCAGUUCACGGAUAUCCAGGUGAUGAAAGGGGACGAGGAGAACGAGCCGCAUAUCUGGGUGACAGUGUUGGACUGGGUCAACAUCACCGUCAGCGGAACGAACGUGACAAAGUACCAGAAUGCAUCGGAAGUGGUGGACGCGUUGAGGAAGCUGUUUGACAAUAAGGAUCUGCCGUUCGUGAUGAAGUUUGCCAACAGAACGCAGAGCGUGACUUUCCUGAAAGGCUCGAUUCAGAGCGGCCGUGAUCUUGUCAAGCCGACUGCCGCACCAAUUUCCCCAGCCACCCCGGCGACCACCCUGCACCCCACAGACACGCCGACCGCCGCCCCGGUGGUGCAAGACGGGUACACCAGCGGCUCGAUGGCCGGUCUGGGCAUCGCCAUGAUCAUUAUCGGGGGAGUGGCCGGACUCGUUGCCGGGUUUCUCAUGUGGAAGCGCAACACCGGCAUCGCCUACCAAGUGUACGAUUAACUCACAGGGAAUAUGUGUGUCCUGCGUCAGAAAAAAAAAAACAACCCAACCAGACCAACCGUGUCGCAUCUGUUUCGUGAAUACAAUGUGUUUUUGUAUCGUUUUUGACAUUUUGUACAAUUUGACAUCAGUAGGGUAAUUUUUGCGCCAUCCUUUUUACAGCAUGCAUUAAGAGUGUGGUUCGCGGACGAGUGUGUCAGCACUGUGCUGCGUACUCACACAUAUAAGCCCCCGGGGAAUCUGCACGGCAUACUUGUGAACUGUUAAUCCCUUCACAAUGUUUCGGCAGCAUGAACAUGGAUCUGUGUUAGAAUCUUGGUUCAUUUUUGUUUGGUUUUUUUAUUGUAAUGUCAGAGAGAUGUUUUUCUUGCCUUCGGAACCGUGUUUCGAGGGCUUCGGGUUUUAUUUCUCAGACGAAUGUUUUAUUGGAUUUCAGAUUUUGAAUUGCAUUCUCAUUGCCCUGCACAUUGGCUGCUUCAAGUGAUAUUUUGUUCGUGUUUCUGCUUUGUGACUGUUUGGAUGUUACAGACUGUCGUGUUAUGAAUUAAAUUAAAAGAUGUAACCAGGAAUUGAAA